CCGUCACGGCUCCCAGGCCGACGUGCCAUCCGCAAGGGGGGGCCUCCGCCCGCACCGAUGGGAGCUGCGCAGGCGGCGCCUCUGCCCGGGGGCCUGAGCCGAGAGCAGAGGCUGGAGGAGGCCUACCGCCUCUCUCGAGGAGGCCGCGGCGCCGCCUCGGCACGGCCGCGUCUCUCGCUGCGGCUGCGGGCCGCGCGCGCGGGUGCCUUCGAGGGCACGCUGGUGCAGCUGCCGGCCUCGGUCAUGCCCAAGCUCGUGGAGGACAACCCGCAGGGCGAGCACGUCUACCGCAUCCGCAGCGCGCACGGCAGCUACUGCUUCGCCGGGGUGCGCGGCUAUGCCGCCCCCGCGGGGCGCGCCCUGCUGGCCGCGGGCCUCUGGCGCGCCCUCGGUGUGGCCGAGGGCGACCCCGUGGAGCUCGACCUCGUCAACUGCACCGCGCGGCACCGGAGCCCGCUGGUGCCCCUGCCCGUGGCGACGCAGCUGCACCUGCGGUGGGAGAGCGCGGAGCGCUACGACGGCGCCCGGGAGCUGGAAGGCGGCGGUGCUGUGGAGCUGCAGGAGGCCCUCGAGCGGGCCGUCGACGAGAGCUACCCGGUCCUCAUGGUCAACGACGUGGUGCGCUUCGAGUUCCAGGGCGCCCCCUGCGAGCUGCGGGUGCUGGGCCUGCGCGUGCGCGUGCCGCCCGCGGGCGCCGCCGCCGAGGGCGCCGAGGGUGGCGAGGACAGCGACGAGGAGCUGUCUCGCGCCGUGCGGGAGUCGCUGGCGGCACACCCGCCGAAGGAGGCGGGGGAGGCGGAGGACGCGGCCCUGGGGCCUGGCGAGGUGGCGCGGCUGCGCGUGCCCCCCUGGGAGGCCUUCGAGCGCAGGCUCGUGGUGGAGCCGCCGCUGGGGUGGGUAGCUCCUGCGCCCUUCCCAGACGCCGUCUGGGACCCCGAGCGCCGCAGAUAUCAGGGGAGCAGGAAGAUGGUCGUUUCGUGA